CGCUGCGGGGCGCGGCGGGGGCUGCCCCGCUCGGCCGCCCGGCCGUGAGCGCCAGGCACGGAGCGGCCCCGGCCCCCAGCGCGCCGGGCAUCGUUUCGCGUGUUGGUCUGAGCCACGGCAAGCAAGGAAUAUGAACAGGAAAACAAGGCGCUGGAUCUUCCACAUCUUCCUGAGCCUGGGGAUUGUGUAUAUCAAGAUUGGGGGUUUCUCCUCUGUGGUGGCCCUCGGAGCCAGCAUCAUCUGUAACAAGAUCCCGGGGCUCGCCCCCCGGCAGCGGGCGAUCUGCCAGAGCAGGCCCGACGCGAUCAUUGUCAUCGGGGAAGGGUCCCAGAUGGGCAUCAACGAGUGCCAGUUCCAGUUCCGCAACGGGCGCUGGAACUGCUCGGCCCUGGGCGAGAGGACGGUCUUCGGCAAGGAGCUCAAAGUGGGAAGCAGAGAGGCCGCCUUCACCUACGCCAUCAUCGCGGCCGGCGUGGCCCACGCCAUCACGGCGGCCUGCACGCAGGGCAAUCUCAGUGACUGCGGCUGCGACAAGGAGAAGCAGGGCCAGUACCACAAGGAGGAGGGCUGGAAAUGGGGCGGCUGCUCCGCCGACAUCCGCUACGGCAUCGGCUUCGCCAAGGUCUUCGUGGACGCCCGGGAGAUCAAGCAGAAUGCCAGGACGCUCAUGAACCUGCACAACAAUGAGGCCGGGCGCAAGAUCCUGGAGGAAAACAUGAAGUUAGAGUGCAAGUGCCACGGGGUCUCGGGGUCCUGCACCACUAAAACCUGCUGGACAACACUGCCCAAGUUCCGGGAGCUGGGCUACAUCCUCAAGGACAAGUACAAUGAGGCCGUGCAGGUGGAGCCCGUCAGGGCCAGCCGCAACAAGCGCCCCACCUUCCUCAAGAUCAAGAAGCCCCUUUCCUACCGCAAACCCAUGGACACAGACCUGGUGUACAUCGAGAAAUCCCCCAACUACUGCGAGGAGGACCCGGUGACAGGCAGCGUGGGCACGCAGGGCAGGAUGUGCAACAAGACAGCGCAGCAGUCCAACGGCUGCGACCUGAUGUGCUGCGGCCGCGGCUACAACACCCACCAGUACUCCAGGGUGUGGCAGUGCAACUGCAAGUUCCACUGGUGCUGCUACGUGAAAUGCAACACGUGCAGCGAGAGGACAGAGGUGUACACCUGUAAGUGAGCGCCUGCCCUGGCCGCUCCCCGGCCUGGAUACAUUUGCACAUGCACUCGUAGCUGAGCGGAACUGCGGGAAGAGCUGCUCUCCCUGAAGAGACGCUCACAAACGGAGCCCUCUCUUCUCUCCUCAUGUUUGUUGCUGAUGUGGAUACACAUUUCAGACUCUUACAAAGUCAGCCAAGAAACAAAAACAAGCAAACCCCUCUCCGGGCCACCAGAGACAUGAAAGAGAGAGAAAAGGACCAUCUCAGUGGGCCUGCCCCUCGGGAGGAAGGAGCGCUGGCUGCCUUGCGGAGAGACACCGGCCAGGGAGGAAUCUCUGGGUGUGGGCAGUGAACUCUUGGUUUGGGAAAGGGAUGGUCAAACACCUCUGUGUGCGAGGAGCAGGGAGGGGUAGGGGAGAAAUCCCUACAAAAGGGCUUUGCACAGGAUGGGAUGGACAGAGCCUCCCCGUAAAUUGCCCGUGGGAGUGUGUGGAUAACACAGAUUUAGGCUUCCACACUCGUGAAAAGCUUCUACUGGUCUUGCGCAUCUUUCCUCUUCACAGCACUUGCUGCAGCAAGAAGAACUGUGGAAGGGUUCUGUAGACACUGCUUUAUCUGCCUUUCUCAUGUGUGUGUGAGCUGCAGAUUUUAGCACAGGGAUUUGGGACACUUGGGCAUAAUAAUAACAAUAUUUAACAAUUUAUUCAGAUAAAACUAAUAUUAAUUUAUUUAAUUAAAAGAAGAACUUUACCAACCUUUCUGGAACUAUUCUGCAACUAAAGUAGAUAACUGGCUUUCUUUGUGGAAUAAUUUUGUAGGAUCAGCAAGGAAACACUGGAGCUGUACAUAUUAUUCUUGACUAGGAUAUUUCUAUUAGCUGGACUUGCAGGAUAUGUUCUACAGUAUUGGAUGUUUAGGACAAAAGCUGGCGUCUUUAUAUAUAUGUAUAUACACAAACACACUGUAUUUUGGGGUUUUUGUUUGUUUCCUCCUGUUUGCUGCUAGUUGUCUGGAACAAAAGUGGAGUGGUAGGGGUUACAAAUCUUUACCAGUUUUGCAUUUGGGUUUUUUUUGUUUUUGUUUUUUGGGGUUUUUUUGUUUUGUUUUUUUUUUUUUCCUAUUAAAGAAAGAAACAUUAAUAAAAUCCUGUUUGGAAUAUGUCUAAAAAUAAGAAAAUCCAGACAAAAUUCCAUCUUUUGGAAAAAUCAACCAUAGGAUAAGAGAGUAUAUUUUGUAAGAGACUAUUUUUAUAUAAAUAUUUUAUUUAUACUACGUCUGCUUGUUCAACCUGUACUUUUUCUCAAAACAGGCAUACAAUUUGUAAUUCUUAGGCUAUUUAACAGAGAAAGGGUAAUUAGUUUGAGAACACAACAGCAGCAAGCUGCAUGCAUUCAGCUGCAAUUGGUGGAUGUGUCAGAAAGCAGGAUGAACUUUCUCUCCUGCCUCUUUUCCUGCAGCUCAGUUUGCAGAAUAUGCAAAACAAGAACAGGGUAUGUAGCAUCAAUUUUGUCACAUGGCUUGAAUUCAUGAUUGGUAUUAACUGGAUGCUCAUUUAUCCCAUUCAAGAAAAAAAAAAUCCGAAUUAGCUUCCCACAUGCGUCAGUCAUUAAACUGUGGCGUUAUGACUCGCAAAUGUGCUGUGUGUGCUGUCAGUUAAACCUCUGUUUUGUGCUGCUGUCAAAUCUGAUUCCCAUCAGGGCAAGACUGUAGUCUGUGACUGUAAUAACUUGCAUGACACACAUCGUCUGAUUCUCAUAGAUAGGAUACAAAGCUUACUUUUUGUCCAGCUCCUUUUGGCAUUUACAUUAUUCUUCCACCCCCCCUCCAACCCUCCCCCCCCACUUAGGCCAGAGCCCAAAAAUACAGAAAAACAUUCAGACGAGUUUAAAGAGGCAAAUUUAAAGACUACUCACUUGCUUUUCAGAGCCCAACUAAGCUGUUUUGCAUUCUCUUUGUGGUAUUUCCUUUUUAUCGCUGCUGAUUUCUUCAGACCUUCGAGUGGUAAAUAUUUCUCUGCAUUUAGAAUCAUUCUGUUCCUACUGCUUAGCUCAUUUGUGGCUGAUAAAAAACAUGUCUAAUUCUAAUGUUGUUUUUGUUUUUCACUGGGUAAGAAACGUGGCCCAGUGUUACAGAUGAUAUUGCACAUUGUCUGGGACAGAUCAGGUUCUCUGCUCCUUCCAGACUGCAGGAUCUCCCCAGAUAAUGAGGCAUCAGUGAUGGGACUAUGUCACUGAUUCCCUGCACUGCAGGAAGUGCCACCAGGGGUAGAUGAGACAGCUCUGUCCUGUGUGCACUGAUCCUUCUCAGACAAAACUCCCACCCAACACUGUGAAAACAGAAUUUCUGAGAAGGGAAACAGAAGCAUCACAAAAGAUGCUGCAGAGUUUGACAACUUGCCUGUUAGGACUCGGGUUUUGACUCACUCCUUGUAUAUAUAUUAUUUAAGAACACAAGCCCAUGCAGUACCUAAUCCUAGCAAUGUAUAUCAGGGGUUAAUACACAGAUUCUUUGCAGACCUGCCACUUAACACAAAAUAGAAUUUUUAUUCAAUUCAGGCACCAGAAUGGGGUAUCAAAAUAAAGUUAUUAAUGUAAUUUACUUUCAAUCUUAUGACUUGUCAAUUUUCAUUGAGUUACUGCUCUUAAUCCUCCUCAAUUCCACGCAACUAGAUUUAAAAUGCAACCACAUGCAGUAGGGAUGGUUCAUUAUAAUUCUGUAUUAUGGUUAAAUAAUUGAGAUCUAACAUUUACUAUUGGAAUCUGCCCCUCAGUUUGUAUUGGGCUUUGAUUUAGUGAAUACCAUAUCAUAGUUAAAAUUGUGUUUUCCUCACUAAUUAGUUAUUUUACAAGUUAUUACUUUUGCAGUAUGUUUUUACCAUAGAAAAGUAAUGUGCGAAACUCCUGCGUGAUGUGCCAUGUACAGCUAGCAGAAUAAUUAUUGAAGGACAAAUACCUUUAAACAGUUUUACUCACAAUAAUAAAAAAACUGGAUGCACAAGUAAUUCAAUUUGAUACACAUUUUCCCUAUAUUUUAAAAUAUUGCUGAUGAUAAAAUGGAGAGGGAAAAAAGGAAAAAAAAAAACCUGCCAAUUUGUUUAAUAACUUGAAUAACAAUUUGGGAACCAUGAAUUAAAGAGCAAGGAAAACCAAA